AUGGAUAAACAAAAGCACGAAGUAGGCAAUAGCAUCAAUAACUCUUUUCCUCAAAGCGGAAUUAGUUUAAUGCCUGGGCCAAUAACCUCAUUACCACCUGACCAAGAAAAAAUAUUUAGAGCCGAAGAAGAAAGAAGUAAAAAUAAAAAAAUUGGUGAAGAGACUGGAACGACCGAAGAGACUGAAAUUGAUUUAUCUGACGGUGGAAAAAUCAAAGAAUAUGAACAACCAAGUUAUACAAGUGGAACCAAAAACGAGGCAAUUGGCAUAGCAAUGGGCAAAGAUCAUAUUAAAAAUUCAGGAAAGGAAGAGAAAAAAGCGGGUGAAGAUGAAUUGAAAAGAACUAAAGCAGAAGAUAAUAUAGAACAAAAAUUUGAGAUUCUUGAAUAA